AGAUAAAAGUAAAGGCAGAAAGGACUAAAAAGUAUUUCACUGAAGAUUCUUCAUCUGAUGAUAAUUUACUAUCAAUUCUCAACUAUAGUCAAAGAAAGCAAAACCAAUUUUUACUAUUUUAU